AUGCCGCAGGUUCAAGAGCUCAAGGGAAACAUCCGAGUCUUCUGCCGAGUUCGUCCGGUAGCCUUCUCCUCCUCGACUCCCCCCUCUUCCCUGACUCCUUCCACUCCCUCCUCCUGCUCUCUCUUGACUGGCGCUCAGAUCUCGGAGUCAGAGAAGCAGAGCGGGAAGAAGAACGCGAUCCACUUCGACAAGAUCUUCUCCUCCGAUUCCUCGCAGGAGGAAGUCUUCGAAGAGACUGCUCCUCUUGUCGUCUCGGUCAUGGACGGCUAUAACAUCUGCAUCUUUGCGUACGGGCAGACAGGCAGCGGAAAGACUCACACGAUGGAGGGGAGGAGCGAGGCGAGGGGCGUGAACUACCGCGCGCUUGACAUGCUCUUCCGCCUCGCCCUCGAGCGACGAACCACCAUGAAGUACGAGUUCAAGGUGAGCCUGAUGGAGAUCUACAACGAGCAGCUCAAGGACUUGCUGGAGUUGCACGACUCCAAGGGGGAGAUGAAGCGACUGGACGUCAAACCUGAUCCCUCCUCCUCCUCCACCUCCUCCACAUACGUCCCUGACCUCAAGCUCGUCACUGUCCAAGAUCUCGAGGACGUUCAGCGUGUGAUCGCGCUGGGGAUGAAGAAUCGCUCGACGAGCUCGACGCAGAUGAACGAGCAGAGCAGCCGCUCCCACUGCGUCUUCUCCGUCUACGUCACCUGCCAUGACCUCCUCAAGGGCGGCAACUUCUUUGGCAAGAUGCACCUCAUCGACCUCGCUGGCUCCGAGAGGCUGUCAAGGACUGGGGCGACUGGGGAGCGGCUGACGGAGGCGAAGAACAUCAACAAGUCGCUGUCGGCGUUGGGCAACUGCGUGUCUGCUCUCGUGGCCAAGAGCAAGCACAUCCCCUUCAGGGACUCGAAGCUCACCCACCUCCUGCAGGACUCGCUCGCAGGCGAUGCCAAGGUCCUCAUGUUCGUCUGCUCCUCCCCCUGCGACUCCGAUGCACCAGAGACGUCCUGCUCCCUGCAGUUUGCGACGAGGGCCCGGGGGGUGGAGCUUGGA